GUCGAAGCUGCGUUGCAAACUAUCAGUCAGGCGCCUAUUGAAUCGCUGCUUGUAAAUACUCACCAGCUUUGCGAAGCAAACUCUGCUAUUGCAAAGGCAAUUUGUUACCUAAGCUCAAGGUUGUACGAAGAGACUGGGCAAUUCAAACCCCAGUUUAACGAUACAGGCAACUGCGCUAGUACUCAGGUUGAGCCUCCACCCAUUUCAGAAGUCAACACCACACAAGGCAGUGACCAGGUAACGCUGCACCAGUACGGGUCUAGACAUGACCUACCAGAGCAUGCAAUUGUGAGACUUGCACAGUACUGGGUUAAGAAGAGACUAGCGGGAACUAGUCUACUUAAUAUUGUAGAUGAAAAUAGGGUG